AUGAAAACUCGGGCGGACAGGACAAAACUUCUGUGGUGUGAAGAAAUAAUAAGCCACAUCAGGGCAUGGAAAAGCCCCAUUUGUAAAGACAAAACGACUUGGAUAGACAGAUCCAAUCAAGAGGAAGACUCGUCACAAAGGAGAAGAAGUAAAAAGGAUUGUCCAUACUUCGAACGUAACUGUGUUAAACAUAUUUAUAAGAAUUGUUUCCUCCUGCACAAAUUGCUUCGGCAUAAAGCGUAUGCUGCGCGACUUAAGAGACGUAAUGCACAUGCCCCGUUAGCCCAAAAUGUACAUGUCACAAAUGGAGGAAGCAGCGAUGAUGUAUGUGGGAUGGAAGCAAGGCAGGUCGUGCACACACCUACGGCCGAGACGCUGUGCACAGAUUUGGGCAGAACCACGCUUACUACUAUCUUAAAGCAAGAAAUGCUGGGAAAACCAUCCAGGGGCGUGCGUACAAGAGGACAUAAAUACACAACAGAUUUGAUAUUAACCCAGACAAUCAUCCUAACCCUGUUCGAACCGUCCUUGUUAAAAAUUUCGUUAAAAUAUUUUAACCUGUUGACCGCGUCGAUAGUGAAUCAGAUAUUUCAGGAGGCGCUACAUUUGGCAAGUUACAAUUAUUGCAACGGGGGGGACCAGAAAGAAAGAGCAAAGACAGACUGCGUGGUUACUAUGAAUGUAAUGAGAAGAGGGAGGGAAACGACAAUUGGCGGAGGUGACAAGCCUCCCGUUUUGCACAUUUACAAUCUUAUUAAAAAGUAUAAUAUAAAUGUCGAAUUAUAUUUUUGUAUGAUAUGUAUGAAUAGCAUAUUGUUUAGCAAGGAUUCAUUUUUUAAAAGUGCAAUCGAUUAUUUUUUUAAGGAGGUGUUUCCUAAAUCUGCUCACUGUUAUGGGUACUUCUAUGCAAUCGUGUCAAGGUACUUGAAGGAGCAGAAUUGCCCGCUGGUGGAGGGAAUAGGUGUCAAUCACGAGGAGGGCAUUUUCAGUAUCCCCGUCAAACACCCGUCAUUUAGUACUUACACUUACUACUGCAUCCAAAUGCUUCUCCUUUUUUGCCACCUGAGUUUGGAGAAGACGUUGGACAGAGCGUACCUGAAUCUGUUGCCAGCAAUUUUAAAGUGUAAACGGAGGAACCCUUUUCUUGAGGAUUUAAUUUAUCAGAUUUAUUUGCAUUAUCAUGAAAUUGGGCGGACUGUUUUUGUAGAAGACAUUUUGACCAAUCAGCUCGUUAGAAAAAAAGAUGUCACGCCUAGUGAGGGUUCCCCCUUAUUUGAAUGCUCCAUAGUGACUGCACAUAACGGCGAAGUGAUUGACGACGCAUCGCGCGAUAUACGAUGCGUCUUGCUAAAGCACGGAUACAACAUACACAACCUGCACUACUUACACUUGGACAAGUUUCGAGUGAACAGAGAAGAUAAUGCUUGUGUCAAAUUUUGCGUGGACAUUGAAUCAGUGGUGUACCCAUCCUUUUGCAUCAAAGGGAGAGAAUUCAAACGGGCGAAGAGAGAAGGACCAAAUAAAUUUGUCCUGACCAGAAGGCUGAAGAGCGUAAUCGAAAUGAUAGUAACAAACAUUUAUGACAACAGACCAACUAUCCUCAUAGGAAGUCAGGGUUCGGGAAAAACGUCCCUAAUUAAUUACAUACAUGAAAAAAUAUUUGAAAAUGAAAAGGAGAAAAAAGGAAAUGUUAUAAGUUUAUACUUAGACGACGUGGUAGAUUCUAAAUCCAUCUUGGGUAUUUGGGAAAGCAAUGAGAAGCGCUUCGAAUUUAAGUUUGGCGUAUUGGCCAAAGCUAUGAUGAGUGGUAAUUGGAUCGUGUUCGAAAAUGUGAAUAACAUUUCCAGUAGUGUGGUGGAGAAGUUGUGCGAGUUCACUAGCAAGGGGCACAUUUAUUUGUCUGAAAAGGGAGAGCACAUUUAUCCGCACAAGGACUUUCGCCUGUUCGGGACCAUCACGGUGGGGGAUGCUGUUCGUGGGGUUAGCGGUGUUGGCGGCGCAGAUGGUAUAAGUCGUAUUAGCGGCGACGAGCCGACCUUGAAGGGCCAACUGAGCGAACUUGUCCGACUGAACCAGCGCCCAAGCCACCUGAGCAGCCUGUUCAACAAGUGGCACAGUGUACAUAUUGGAAGCUACAGGGAGGAGGAAGUAGAAGAAAUUUUGCGCAAGAAAUUGAAGCAUGGAGUUAAUGAAAAUUACAGGGCAGUAAUACUUCAGGCCUACCACAGCGUGAAGACCCUACUGGAGAAGUACCCCUUGUUCAGAAGCAUCAACCUGCACGACUUGAUAAAAAUUAUCAAACGGGUUAAGAAAAGAAAAAUCUUUAUGCACGAAAAUGAGAAAACGGGAUCCAUACUGUUUCAAACGUGCAAAUCUAUCCUGACGUCGCAUGUGCCCAAUUGCAACCUACGGUCCUACUUCCAGAAAAAACUUCUCAAAAUAUUCGACCUACAAGAAAAAAUAGUUACCAAGUGGUUACAAUUGAACACCCUUAAUGAGUACAUGGAACAAUUUAACGAAACGUUAAGAAAGGAAAAGGGGAAAAUUUGUUUACACUGUGAGAAAAUUACGAAUCCCUCCUUCCUGCUGACGUCCGUGCAUAAAUCCAUUUUGUACGAAAUUAUCGAAGGGGUACACAAUAAGGAAAGUAUACUUCUCAUAGGAGACACUGGAGUUGGAAAAACAGCCCUCGUGGAUUACGUUGCGAAAAUUUUUAGAAAAAAAUUACUCGUUUUUGUCUUCAGCGAACAGUCUGAAGCAUCAGAUCUGAUUGGACAUUAUUACCCAUUCAAUAUAAGUGUAAAGACAAAUGAAUUAUUCGAAGAGUUAAAAAUUUUGAAUUCCCAACUUGGUAAGCAGUUGUGUCCGAAGGAGUUAGAUAUGCUUUACCUCAAACUGAAAAUCGUUUUAAGUGAGAAGAAAUUUAUCACCUUUUUAAAUACCUGCCGCAAUUUUGCCAAAUGUCUGGUCGAGAAAUUUGAAAAUGACACCAGCAUUUUUGAUAUGAGUGUUGUGAAGAAGUACAGAAUAUUUCAGCACGACUGUGAAGGUGUAAUCCAUUUUUGGACAUCCGGUGGGGGUAUAAGUGGACGAGGAAGUGAGGCACGUAACCGGGAUGGUAACAACUUUCCCGCGUUGAAACUCCAAUUUGAUAAGUUUUUUCAAACAGGAGGACAACCAAAUGGAGACCUUAUCCGGAGCAACUCUUGCGAAGCGCCCCCAGAGGAGCAACAACAGGAAGAAGAGAGCAAUACAAAUGCGAAUGAGUUAAUUUUCAAAUUCCACGAUGGCAUCCUCAUCGACUGCAUCCGAAACGGUUAUUGGUUACUGCUGGACGAAAUAAAUCUCGCACAGACGGAAAUUUUGCAACGAUUGCAGGGGUUACUAGAUUUAUCCAAUAAAUACUUCGAUGUGGUGGAGAAAGGAAAUGAGCAGAUAAAAAUUCAUCCCAACUUUCGUCUAUUUGCAUGUAUGAACCCUCCAAUCAUCCCAAAUUUGAAGAAGGGAAAAGGGAGUAUAGUGGGGGGAGAAGCGAAGAAGAAGGAAGGGGAGGUGGUGAACAAUGGAAGAAGGGAUAAUAACUCUCUCCACCAGGGUGACCACGUUAAUACGGAUGAGGUGGACGAAGACGAGCACCACAUCGACCUAUAUAACAGUUCUAUAUCAUCCGGGAAGAAGGAACUACCGCCCAUUUUACGAAACAAAUUUACAGAAAUCUUUGUGGACGAAAUAUUACAAUACGAGGAUGUCGAAAUGGUGGUUAAGCACUUACUUAGGAAAGUCACUUCUGAUGGGGAGUUGAUAAAAAAUAUCACCAACUGCUACCUUGAAGUAAAGAAGGAAACUGUUAGAAAUGGAUUUGUGUGUAACUUUUUAAGCUCCGUUAGUGUAAAUGAUGAGAAAGUAAUGGAUCACAUUUUUAAUAAACACUUCAAAUGUGGGCCAGGAAAAAAGGGUGCGCAACAAAGUGGAGGUGUACAAAAUGAAAAAAGCAUGCAAAUUGAAAAAAACGGUGUGAUCAAUUAUGCCAUGUUAGAGAGCUACUAUCAGUAUAAACAUUUCGACACGAAAAAAGGAACCUCCACAGAAAUAAAUGACCUCUCCUGCUUUGUAAAAAAUUCCAGUGUUGCAAAAAGGGAUCAAGUGGAAAAACAAGGGCAGGAGCAGCAUCCCCGGGGAGGGGAAACCAAAACGAGUGAUCAUGUGGACAAGUACGCAUGUGUAGAAAAUAGCUGGAUCCUUUGCGGAAGAGAACAAAUAAAUCUCGUAAAUAUUCUCUCCCAUUUUAUAAUUACGAAAAAUGUAAAGGAAAAUAUCAGAAAGCUGGCGCUCUGUUUGAGUGGCUCCAAAACGCCUAUUUUAUUGGAGGGAAACACCUCUGUUGGAAAAACCUCAUUGGUAAAAUUCUUUGCAGACAUAACAGGACACAAAUUUGUAAGAAUAAAUAAUCACAUGAACACAGAUAUAAAUGAGUACUUUGGGCAAUUUGUUAAUAAUCCCAGUACUGGAAAUUUAAUUUUCGAAGAGGGGAUUUUUGUAAAGGCAGUACGAAAUGGGUACUGGGUUGUUCUAGAUGAACUGAAUUUAGCACCGUCAGAAGUUUUAGAAUCCUUAAACAGAAUUUUAGAUGACAAUAAAGAAUUGUACAUCCCUGAAUUGAAACGGUACGUUAAGGCACAUAAAGACUUCAUGCUUUUUGCCACUCAAAACCCAGCCAAUAAUAAUAACUAUCUGGGGAGGAAAGAAUUGUCAAAAGCUUUUAGGAGUAGAUUCAUAGAAUUUUACAUCAACGAUUUUGAAGAGAAUGAAUUGGAAAUUAUUUUACACAGACGAUGUGCCAUAUCUCCAAGUAUUGCAAAAAAAAUGAUACGUGUUUUUUCUCAACUGAGGAUCGUCAAAUCAAAUUACAACUAUUUUAAUGAUAAUUUAAUGACCCUGCGUGAUUUAAUAAAAUGGGGAAACAGAUGUCCAAGGAGCAAUGAGGAUGCUUGUUUACAGGGAUACUACAUCAUUGCGGAGAAGCUAAGAAAUGAGAAGGAUCAGCGUACUGUCAAGGGUAUUCUAAGUGAAAAUUUUCUACCCAAGGGGGAAGAAUUGCUUGUGAAUUAUGAGGACGAUCGAGAUGUGCUCCUUUUGAAAGAGGCUUUUUGGAAGAAGAUUUCACAUUUGGAUGGAUCUGUGGAUGUAGACGGCAGCAUCAUGAUGAGCACAGGGGAACAAGACGAUGUAGGGGAGAAACCCCAGAAUUUUUCACACGACGACGUGGCCAGAGUCGAAUAUCUGAAGAAUAUGCACUUGGGAAAAAGCACGAGCAGAAUUUUGUGCCUUCUGCUAAAAUGCUUCAAACAUAAAGAAUCCGCGUUGCUGAUCGGAGAAACGGGGUGUGGAAAGACGACCUGUUGUGAAUUACUAAGUUUUGUGAAAAAUCAAAAACUAAAUAUUUUAAACUGCAACGAAAGCACAGAUGUGUAUGAUAUUAUAGGUAGCUUAAAAUUGGUGAGAAAUAAAAAAGAAAAUUUCGAAAAGGUAAAAAAAAACUGCAUCGAAUUGUACAAUGAAAUAUUGAGCCAUUAUGGCGACACAUCUGCAGCCAACUAUUUAAGUGGUAUAAUACAUGAUCAAAUUAGGGAAGUAAAGAAGGAAGACUUACUUAUAUUUACAUUAUAUCUACAGAAGAGGUACACCCUAAGCGAAUCUAUAAAAAACAAAUUGCUGAAAUUGGAGAAGUCCAUAAACAAUUUAAAGUCCCUUUUUACCUGGUUUGAUGGCAUACUCGUUUCUUCUUUAAAAAAGGGAGAUAUAUUUUUGAUGGAUGAAAUUUCUCUAGUAGAAUCUGCAGUCAUAGAAAGACUAAACUCCGUGUUGGAAUAUGAAAGGACUUUAUUAUUAACAGAAAAAGGAGGGAAGGAUAUCCAAAAUGUAAAGGCACACGAUGAAUUUUGCUUCAUAGGAACGAUGAAUCCAAGUGGUGAUUUUGGAAAAAAGGAAAUCUCACAAACGUUGAAAAAUAGGUUUACAGAAAUUUUUGUGGCACCCUUUGCCUACGAUUCGGAGGAUUACUACUUUUUAAUCCUCAAGCAGAUGAAGUUUUCAAAAGUGAAGAAUUUAAAAUGUGCGACGGCCGAUUGUCUGCGCCGCCUUUUUCAACAAAUCGCACAAAAUAAAUCCCUUACAAAUGAUGUCAUCCUUUCGGUUAGAGAUACCAUUAAGUGGAUCUCCUUUAUGAAUAUUUAUGUAAGUAGACGGAAGGAAAUGAUAUACCUUCGCAGGGGGGUCAAGCCAAAGAUGAGAACCCUCAAAUGGUACAUUAUGAAAAGUUUCUUCCACAGCGGUUUUCUCAUUCUCAUAGACGGAAAAGAGGACGCCAAAACGAAAACGGUUUUGAAAGAACUACUGCGGAGGAGCUUGCUACACUUGGCUUCGUCCAUUAAUUUUAACGUGGCCAAGAAGGGGGUACAGAAAAGUGAGGGACUUACGCGGAUAGUAGAAGCCCUUUUCAACCAAACAUAUAACUUUAAGUUUAAAAGAAAGUACCUCCAGGUGAACGAUUUUCGAAUCAAAUUUAGGAAAAAACUUACAACCCCAUUUGAUCAGUUUGUACAAAAUUGUCAGUUCGUAUUUGACACGCCAAACAUUAAAAAGAAUUUAUUCAAAAUUAUCAGAGCAAUGCAGCUGGACAAUUCUAUCCUCCUGGAGGGCUCUCCUGGGGUUGGAAAAACGUGCAUAAUUAAUAUCUUAGCCAAAUUGACAAAUAAUAAAUUGAUCAGAAUUAAUUUAUCCGAGUGCACCGACAUUUACGACUUGGUAGGAUCCUACUUCCCCAUAAAGGAUGAAAAGAGAACAGGCCCCAAAAGUGGGAACCAAGAUAAGGGAAACAAUCAGGUUUUCCAUAAAGGAGGAGAAGAAGAAGGGGAAGAGCAAAUAUAUGAUGGCUGCAAAACGGGGGAACCCGCCAAGUCUUCAUUUCAGUACGUUUGGAAAGACGGAAAACUCAUCGAGUGCAUGAAGAAGGGCUAUUGGAUCCUUAUUGAUGAAAUAAAUUUAGCCAACCAGCAAACCCUGGAGGGGAUCAACUCCAUUUUGGAUCACAGGAAAGAAAUAUUUAUCCCCGAAACGAACGAAAUGGUUAGGUGUCAUCCGAACUUUCGACUGUUCUGUUGUCAAAAUCCGUACAGCGAAGGGGGAGGCAGGAAGGGACUGCCCAAAUCCUUCCUGAACAGAUUUUCCAAAAUAUAUUUUGAGGAACUGAACGAGGAAGACUACCUGUGCAUUGUACAGAGGCUCUAUGGCAGCUGCAUCCCCAAGGAGGACAUACAAAAGAUUAUAAGCGUGGCGUUCCUGAUGAAGAAAAUAAAUCCCCUCCUUAGGGACAGUGAGUGCUGGGUGUGGAAUCUGCGGGACAUUUUGCGCAUUUGCAAAUUUUUGCAGGCCACCGGUGGGACUGCCGGCGAUUGUGACACACCUUGCUGGGGAGGAACCAGCUUUGUCCCUAUCUGCGAUAUGCUCGUGUGUAGCCGUCUCACAUGUGCCGAGGAUAAAGAAAUCGUGCGCUUCGUUAUAGCGAACGUAUACAGUGGUUGUGGUAUUUGGGGAGAAUGCGGCGGCACUAGAAGGGAAGAAUUUUUAAAACGGGUCUCCGAAGCAACGUCCAGGGAGAGCCUGCUCGCCGGUGUGAGGAACACCGAGGUGAACCACUUGAACGCAUUUUACACAAAUUUGUAUUACCACGAGGCUAAUCUUAGCGCCGCAUAUGAAUGGACACGUAAAUCAGUCCUAGGGAGAAUGAGAAAGGUACCAAGUCAAGUACGGCCAUCCACUUUUUUGCUGUCCAAAGACGAGAAAAUUUACUAUGCAUGCGAAGCGGCGAUAAGGUUAAGUAUUCCCAUUCUGUUAAUUGGAAAAAAUAAUUCCGGAAAAUCCACCUUCGUUAACCAGUUGGCACACACAUUUGAGAAGAAGCUAUUCGAAUUUGCGCUAACGAAUGACAUGGACACCUUCGACCUAUUCGGUUGCUAUGAACACAACAGUCGGGAUAAUGUAAUAAAAAAAGUGGAAAGAAAAAUGCACAAUUUGAAUAAACUUCUGUUGAGAAACAUAUUGAGAAGAAAAAAUUUUAAAAAAUUUUACAACUCUUAUUUUUCCAAAGGGAAAUUACAACGUAGAAGCAAACGAAUCAAAAUUAACAUCAUGGUGAGAUUAAAUUAUUUGGCACAUGAAUUCAUUAGUGCGUUGACAAAGGGUGAUGUAUCUGAUGAGGAUGCCAUGUCCGCUGAGAGGAACUACGUGCAUUUUGUGAAAACCAGUUUGAAGACCACGACGAUAAUGAAAAAUAAGUGCAGGAGAAGAAAAGUCCGCAUCGAGAAAACCCUCUUAGACAUAACGCACCUUUUUGAAACCAUUAGGAAGAAUAAUAUUAACGAAAAUGUAUAUAUUUACAAUGAGGGGAAUUUUAUUAAGGCCAUCAGGAAUGGACAUUGGGUCCUUGUUAAGCAUGUGCACCUUUCGACCCCCUCUCUCUUGGACAGACUCAACAGUCUCUUUGAGGAAAACGGAAACAUGCUUUUACACGAAUUCGGAAAGAAGAAAAAAAUCAAGCCCCACAAAAAUUUCCAGAUCUUUUUAACCUUAAAUUCAGAGGAACAUUACAAAAUUAGUAAAGCGUUGCGAAACCGCUGUUUUGAGAUUCACUUUGGAGGGCCCUCUUGUGAGUAUGUUGGGAACGCCGUAAAUUUGUAUGACCAAUCGGGGGGCAGCAUUUUUGCCACAGAUGAUCCAUCGCCCUUCUACCGCACAACUGAUACGGUUGAGGAACAGAGUAGUGAGGAGGGGGCACGAGCGGAAAGUGCCGCUAGCAGUGAAGCUGCCAUUUUUGAGGGGAACAAUAUGGACGCUGAGCAGAGUAGUACACCUGAUAGAAGCAUCGUAAUGCACGUGGCGAAUAUGUGCUUUAGCGGGGCGAGAAGCCGCGAGAUAGAGGUGAACGAUACAGAGGUGAAGGCGGAAGAACAAGAAUAUUUGAACCUCGUCAGCAAGGGCAACGUGCUGCACUACAUGAUGCAGGCCUUUUCGAAGAAACUUCAGAAGGAGGUGGGGGAUGGAAGUCGGGACGUCGCCAUUAAUCCCGCAGUUGCGUCUGCAGGUGACCGUGGCGAAGAUGUGAAGGCAGAAAUGGUAACCCUCUUCUUCGACAAGAGGAAUAUAAAAACGAAUUGCACCAAAAUGAUGGAUUAUGUAAAUUACUGCUACGAACGUUUCCUAAACGUGAAGGGAGUGAGACCUACCACAGACAUUAUAUAUUUCUGCGUAGCCAUAUCGAUGACGCUGUACUUGAUGGAGUACAUGCUCGGAGAAGAAGAGGUGACAGAAAAGAGGAGACAAAUCGCUCGCAUGAUGGAACAGGAAAAUUGGAAGCGAAAGAACAUCAAGUGGUACAAAAAUUUUAAAAUCCAUCUAAGCGCAUUGCUAAAUCAUAAGUUCGAGAAUAAUUUUUACCAUGUAGAUAAUUACAUCAUGUAUAUGUGCAGCCACUUUUUAAGGGUCAGAAAGAAUCAAAUAGAUGGUGAAAAAAAAGUUGUUCCCCUUUUUAAGCAAUGGAAAGAAAUAUUUUCAAAUUCAUUUGUAAAUUUUUACUGUCAAAUGUAUUCCAAGUUGAAUGAAAAAACGCAAUUAUAUUUUUUCCCUUUUUUUGAAUGUCUUCACAAAUGUGUACUAAGAACGAUACUUGACAUCAAAAAUGGGAUCCGUUACUUUGUAAAAAGCGGAAACUUGCAGCAUGUGUGUAUAGGAAGAAUGAAUUGUUCGAACAAAUUCGCUCACAGGAUCAAGUCGAGGCAUUUUAUUUACUUUUAUUUUUAUUGCUUCAUUAAUUAUGUUAAUACCUAUUACAGAAGUUAUAGGAAGGAACGGAAGAGAGGCCCCUUCGCCAGCGACGCAGGAGCAUGUCCUCCACUUUACAUAACCAAAGAGAUGGCCUUGGUGAACUCGAUGAGCAACCUCAAAUUGAAUAGACUGUUUUGCUACUCUGUGUACUGCUUUUUGGAAAAUUUUUCCUACAAUGACCUCUUCUACAGAUAUGAGCAUCUUCUAAACAUUAAGAACAGGAUGAUCCUUAGUGGUAAUGUUCAUGACCAGGUACAUAUGGUGAAGUACCUCGAUUUUAUUGCGAGCAGAGUUAUAAGGGGGAAGAUGGACUACUUUGCUGUCAUGCGCGAUUGUGUGUUUGUCUCGAUUGGUGGAGGGUGUAGUGGGAACUUACUAACCGCUGCAAGGGACACACUUAGACCACUCCCCACCGCGAGGAAACACCUUCUCGCUAAAGAAGAUCAAAAACUGGCGAAGCGGCAGUACCUGUUUGAGGCGUUUCUCAAGUGGCAUUUGAGCUACAAGUACUUCGAAAGUUACCACCACUUUGCAAUCUCCCAAUGCGUUGCAAAAUGUCAAAACAAUAGUGAAUGUGGGCCAGCCGCGAAGUCAACAAGGACGACGGACCGCCGCGUCUGGCUCCUAACGAACAAAUUCCUAAUGCAUGUUGAGGAGAUACUCUUCAAAAUGACUCAGAAUGGAAGCAGCUCCAGAGAGGAUGAAGACGCUUUCAGUUACUACCUCUUCCUAUACCUAUUCACUUUCGACUACUUAUGUAACUUCAAGAGUGAUGCUAUGUACUUGAAAAUUAUCUUCCUGGUUGACGCAGUUAAGUACGCAUUUAAGUGGGACAAGUGUUUUAAACAUAAUUGCAGAUUAAUGAAAUUUUUACAAAAGGCAAAAAGGGUAGCUGAUUGGCGUGAAUUGCAUACCACUGUUGAGGACAUCCAAGCAGGUAGCCACUGGGACCAAAGUGAGAACUCCCCGUUGAACAACUUGAACAGAAUGAAGGAAAAAAUGAAAUGGUGGAGAGAACCUUCCAGAAAAGAACAGAUGAUUGUACUGACCCCUUCAAUUGAGUACUUCUCCAAUCAGUGGGUAAAAAACGUAUUCGAAAUUGUUAAUAAUAUAUAUAUAAGUCAUUUCAUACAAUCGGUGAAUCUGGGCAGAUAUUAUUACGCCAUGCUGAGUCGCUCCGUUAGCGGUGUAGAAGAGGGUAAAAGAAUAAGUCCAUUGUACAGCUUUCUUUAUGAUGGAGAACAGGGACAAAACGUGGAUGAUGAUGUAGAAAAUCUUCUUAUACAAACAAAGUCUUUUUCUUAUGCUUUAAAAGUUUUACCACAUGAUCACCCCAAGGUAACACACAUGGAGAAAUUAAUUAUGAACAGUUUGGGUACAAAAAAGGAAGUGAUACAUAUGGGUGAAUUUACGUCGAAGGAGAAACUCCAGCCGAUGGAGGGCUACCAGAAUGAAGAAGGCAGCGAACAGGAUGGACGAAAAGACUUCCCACCAAAUGGAGACAACUCGGAUGGAAAAGGAAACCAACUGUUCUCUCACUACCAGUUUAUGAUUUUUAACAUAGACUUGAAGUAUUUACAUAACACAUUCGUUUAUUUUUUAAACACGUACAUGUGGUUGAAGUGGCAGCAGCUGUAUGACCAAGCGGGUGGUGCACAGAAGAAAACUGUGGAGGCGAGCUACCCAGGGGAAGGUUCGCACAGGAGAAACAUAAGCGACACUGUUGUAGAGCGCGUAAAAGAGGACAUACAACAAAUGUACAAUUACCUGCGCGGAAUGGAAAAAACCAUAUUUGUGCAGGAAGAAAAAAUCGAGGUGCUGAGUUUGCUGAAGGAGAAGUAUGGGAGGCUGGAAUGGGCCCAGCAGCAGCGAAGGCAAAGCGACGCGGAAGAUGCCCCCAGAACUGCCCUCGCAAAUGCUGCCCCCAAGGAGGAGUCCGACCCCUUCGAGCUGCAGGUCAUCUUCUCCAUCAUGGAGGAAUUGCUCAACAUUCUGUACUGCUUCCUAAUGAAUGUGUAUCUGGUGAAGGACAAAAGUUACGACUACGCAAAGGAAGAUGUUAAUCACGUCCAAUUUUACCACAAUGACGAGGAGACCAAUUAUUCACCUGGCUUUUUUAGCGAAGGGUGGGGAGCAUAUCAGGGGGUGUCCCCCUACUGGAGUGGUAACAACACUAUUGAGCCUAUCACUAAUAUUGAAAAGGGAACGCGUAUAAAGAGAUAUCACACUGCUGCUACUCUCCAUGAAAUGAAGCGAAACAACGUAACUUACGAAGGGUACACGUUGUUUAAAGACAUUUACGUAAACAAAUGCUUCGACGAGACGAGCACAUUCAGGCUAUAUCCAUACGUGUGUUCGUCCUUGGUAAACAAAACGGUCAUAUUCGAUUCAGUUGUGAGCGUAUAUCAGGAUUUGAGAAGAAAGAAGAUUACCUUGUUUUAUUUAAACAUGAGCAAUGUUAUAUUUCGCAACUUGAAAAGGAGUUAUCAGGACUAUGUGGAAAGGGCUGCCCCUAAAGCAAUGGUACCACCCAGCGCGGCGAUGUCAACUGUUUGUCUUCCCGGAGAAGAAACCUUUUGGACUAGCAAAAGAUUACUGAAUAGCAGAGGGGAAAGCAGCACGCGGUACUAUUUCGCCUUCCACGCAAUGACCAUACUUUUUAACAUAUUAAACAGUGAAGCGUUAAAAGGGGAGGAAACGAAGAGCGACAGAUUGCUUCUGUACAUUCUGGAACUUUUCCGUUUUAUAAUAGAUGGGAAAGGGAAGAAGGCAUCCCCCGAAAUGUUACUGCAUUUGUUGGAGAUACACAGAUGUAUGCGCAGCUUGACAGAUAAAGUUUUUUAUCUUGAGAAAAGCCAAAAGUACGUCUUUGCAGUGCUGUUUAUUCUGUUUAAAUUUAUUUUAAGUAAUUUGCAGAGCCACAAUGGAGGAGGUGAAAAGGGAUCCCCAAUAAACGCUAGCGAGGUGAUGUUCCGAUCACAUGAUUCUCUUUUCCCUGAUACCCAACAUCAUAUGCAUCCCUCAACGGGUGAUUAUUUGCCUGCAAAAUGUACCAUAGACGACUCAAAAAAAUGCAUAAACGAAGGAACCGCAACGUGUGAAUAUGUUGAAGGGAUAAAAGAUGAACCGAGUGAAAACCCUGAAGAGUUGUACAGCUGGAUGGAACACGCGCUAGGGAAGACGAACAAGGAGGUGCGCGAAAUGCUGUAUCUGCUCUUUCCGGAUCAUCUCAUCGCAGUAGAUUUGACAGAGAAGUACGAAGAAGAGGAGUUCCUUUUUUCCCUGGGCUGUCUCUACAUUUCACACUACUUUUUAAACGUCAUUUGCUCUCAAGUGAGGAAAGAAAUUAAAAACAUUUUCAAACAGAUGGAAGUGAAGAGUUAUGUGAACAAGUCAGUUGCAUCGUUGAAGGAAGAAAUUUACAUGGGUUCCCAACACAAUAUGUACAUAGAGAAAGUGAACCCAUUUGCGCAGGUGUCCUAUAGCGAUUUCAUCAAAAUGAGGAGGAAGAAACAGUUGAAGGGACACAUAAAAAAUAUGAACAUGAAUGUACCCCUACUACCAAAGGUGUUACAAAAUAUAAAGAAAGGGAAGAAGAAGAAAAAAUUGGAAAAUCUGUUGUUCAGAUGUGAAAAGAAUAACAAUCCAUGUGCGUACUUCAUCAAGGGGUACAUAAGUAAAAACAGCGCAAAAAACAUGCAAACAUUAUACUUAGAAUUAAAAAAUGAGCACAAGGAAUUUAUAAAAAAUUUGCUACCAUUAGACAGUAUAGAAAAUAAUGUUCUGUUGGCCCUGAUCAAUUCGGACGAUUUGAUUAACCCUUCCGUUAUAAACACGUGCCUCAAUUUUGCGCAUCACGUAAAGGAGAAUAAGGAAAGGGGGGAAUGUGGAAAAAUGGAGAGAAGGACAACCAUCCCGCGAGGCAUCCUCCAACUUGACCGAAAAGGAAACAAGAGGAAUGAUUUAUACAGGUGCAUUAAAUUUCCACUCAAUUUUAACAAAAUUUUAAAGCUAAAAAAAAAUUGCUAUGAAAGCCAAAUUGAUGACAUGGAGUACCUCCACUUUGUCACAAAAAUGUUAAGAAAACCGAGGAAUAUUUCUACACAGUUUGAUGUGGCAUUUUUGCUCCCUCUGCUAAAACGAAUGUGCAGAAAGAUUGUCAUUUAUAAUGAGAAAGACGAGAUGGACAAUAUGAAUGAGUUCCUCAAAAUUGAUCAAUUCAAGAGUAGGACCGCCAAGGAGAUGCACCAAAGUUUGGUCGACAGAGAUUUUAUAGAAAGGAACAUCGAGCAGGAGUUGGACAGCGUGUUUUAUUCAAAGGAAUACUUUUCAACCCAGGCGAUGGAAGUCACAUCGGUUGGAGGGGGUACCAAGCGAGUUGCCAGCGAGGACGACAUGGAAGAGGACAGCAGAGCGGAGGAUAUGGAAAAUGCGGAUCUGGAACGUGGCCAACAGGAUAGCAGCGAACGUGACACCAAAGAAGUAGACACAGAAAAGCCAAACGAAGCGUUUUUCAACAAAAUUGUUUACAAAAUGGCAAAGUUAUUCAAGCGGGGAAAGUACACUAACGGGAAGAAACCUCCCAGAAGUGAAAUUGAAAUAACGAAAAAAAGCAUACGACACACGCUGGAUAUGCUCAUAAGGCUGCAUUGCGGGGAGGACGGCAUGCGGAAGGAUCCAAAAUGUGUGGAGAAAAAAACUAGCGUCAUCUCUUCUUACGCAAAAGGGGUAGAAGGACAGAACGGAUGCACGUUUCUUCUGAGGAAGAAGAAUGAAGAGAAGAGGCUCCUCCUUUUUACACUUAACAUGUUGAACCAAUUUAGCGACUUGACAAAAUAUAAUGAUAACAAGUUUGCAAUUUUUAAGAAAAAAAUAGCAGAAUGCUUGCAAAACUGUAGGAACAAAAAUCACAUAUAUAUAAACAACUAUGUUAACCUGCUAGAUGAUAACUUCAUGGAAUAUAUUUUCAGCGCCUUGAACGACUUGUGCUUUUUGCUCAUCAAUUUAAAGGACAAGUUUGUACCCAUUUAUAACGAAAGCGGAAAUAUAAAUGUGUGCAGUAUACUCAAUGUCAUUAAUAAUAUACUAAGUUUCUCCAUCAACAACAUUGAUAAUGAGAUAGAAAAGAUAAUUCAUAAAUUGGAACACUUGGUUACGCUCAUCCUCUCUCUUAAGAAUGACAAUUAUGUAAGCUUUGAUGAGGUCACCAUGAGGAAGGUCAAGGAAGUCAUGCACAACAACGCUCCUGAAGAUCUGCUAAUCUAUACAGUUUACUUCAGGCUCUACAAACUGAAUAGUGUAAAAAUUAUUCGGAAAAACUUAAAUAGGAAAAUUGUGAAAAAAAGGACUCUCAGUUUAUUCUCCUAUAUGUUUUAUCUUUGCUAUGACGAUACGCAAGGGGAGGAGUUGAACAGAGGUGCCAACGGGGUGAAUAUCACGCAGGGAAAUUACUACAGUGAAAGUGGAAAUGUUGUUCAGAAUAAUCCCAAUAAUUGUGAUAACGACGCCCAUUUGGAAAAUCUGGCCAAGGUGAAAAUUGUGAAGACAUUCGAAACGCUGGUCAUCUUCUUAAGGGACUCGAUGGUGGGGGAAUUCCCUGCUCGGCUAAACCUGAUAGACUUCAUCGCACAUUUGUUUAAGAAUUCGGAAAGGCAGAGCGAAAGGAUGAUGAGCAAUGUGUUCUCAAAUGUGUACAGCUACAUGAGAAUAUAUUUGCCACUUAUAAAAAAACGAAUUGAAGAUUCUAAGAAAUAUUUUGACGUUCAGCUCAGGAUGGCUUUAGAAAAAAUGAACUUUGACUUGGUGGAUCUGGAGGCAUACAAGUGGUCCAUCAUGAAAUUAAAAAGGAAAAUUGCCUACUUCACUAAAUUAUAUUUUCAGCAGAUCAGCGUCACCGUGGAUAAGCUCAUUGUGCAAAAUGGUCCUUCCUUUGGGUCAGAGGGGAAGGGUGGGAGUCGUGCACAUGGUGAGAAUUAUAGUUUUGCGAAAAACGGUAUAGAUGACACGUUUGCAGACCCACGCGCAGAUGAAGUGAGCCCCGAUGUGCACAGUUCAAGUGGAUCGUCUGUAGCCGAAGAAGAAGAGGAGCAGCAACAGCAGAAUGGAGCCACUAUCGAUUCAUCGGAAGAGGAUGAAAAGAAAGCAGUUUGUCAAAAUGACGGUGAUAAUGAUGAGGGGGAGGACAACACCACUACCCCUGCAGAGGAAAAGCAAAACCGGUUCCAUGACCAACUGAACGAAUUGAAAGAAUCCCUAACUAGGCUGAGAAAAAAAGUAAAAACAAAAAAACCCUUGGACCAAUUUUUAACCAACAUGGAUCUUCACAACAACUUUGAAGACAUCUCCCGAAAUUACGUUGCAGAGGUGAGAAACAUAUUAAAUGUGCAGUGCAGAGAUGCUGGCGUAGGUCAGAAGAAGAGAUGGAUUUACAUAUUGAAGCACUUCCUCAGCAAGAAGUUAAACAUUCCGGCCAUGAAAAACUUAGAUAAUUUUAAUUUAUUCUCGAGCGUUUUUCAAAAUGACAUACACUUUUGUGAUAGUACUAAGGGUAGUUUGUUUGGCCUGGAAUAUCGUUGUCCUGAGGAAAUUUUGGCCGAGCUACAGAAUUGCCUAAAGUAUAUGAUCGAGCAGGAUGACACAUUAAACGAUGAGGAGGUGAAAAGUAAAGAGAUGAAGCAAGUGAAUGAAGAGGUUUUUCUCAUGGGAGAACAAUUACAGAAAGACGUAAAGAGAAACAGACUAUGCACUCUCCACUUUUUAGACGAGAUAAAUAACAUUCUAAAACAUAAUGAAGAAAAAAACGCAGAAAUUUUGCAUCUGACCAUCUAUAUAAAAUCUCUAAGUAUACAUGAAGACAUGGCAAAUGAUGAUGCUCUGUACUACCUUUUUAAUGCCAUCAUUUGUGAAUACUUUAACUUGAGAAAAGAAGUUAAUAUUUUCUACCAUCAUUUUGUCUGCUACUAUCUACUCGUGACAACGCUCCUGUGUGAGAAGAGAUAUGGACUGGAUUAUAUUCAUGUUGAUUUUGCCACUUUUGAAAAAUUUUUGGAAAAAUGUAACCUAGUGAAGGGUGCACUACUGCAGGUUUUGAGUGUCGGUUUCGGUGCAACAGCUUGUAAGAUGGACAGAGAGCGAGCUAGCAAUUUCUUCAGAAGAGCACUCAAAUGCGUUUACAAAAUGGCUUACAUGAUUUACAGCUCAAACGAGUUCAGAAUAUUUAACUACUUUAGAAAUGUGUACACUUCCACUGGGGGAAAGCUGUUAGAACAAUUCGGUAUCUCCCUCCCCUGCAUGAAACUCAGAAUGAACGUCAAUUUUUUGGAGUGCCUGAACACAUGCGUAAAAUUUUUGAGAGACAACUUGAGUGAAAUUUUUGCCCUGCAUGUGGCUCCCUAUUUUAAGGAUAAGAUUCACGCACAAGUGAUCAAAUUAGUUGAUCUCUUUUACCAGAUGAAAGGUGACGCGACAGUAGCCACAGCGCAUUGUGAGGAGAUAUCACCCCCCUUUGUAAAGGACCAGAAGCAGAAUUGGGAUAACCCCCCACAGGAAGACCAAGUAGAAAAACUGAACGACCAAAUGUGCCGUUUCAUAAGCAACGUUGUGCAAAAAAAGUCUAUUAUAUAUAUUAGGGAUUACCCAGAUUUUCAAAAUCAAAAAAAUGUGAAUGAAAUGUACUGCAUGAAGGACAUCAUACAAAUGUACUUGACAUUGCAAACUAAUUGUGACCUGUUUAUGGGAAGCGAAAGGGAGAGCAAGUCAAUCAAAGUAUUCCACUACCUGAACAAGAAUUUGUUUUACUUUACAAAAUGUGUCCUUCUGUACAUGCUCGAUAUAUUUCUAGGCUUCUCAAACGUGUCUCUUUACUUCCUAAAAGUGUUGAAAAUUUUGUACACGAAGGGACUUUGCAGAGAGGCUGCAAAUGAGAAGGACGCAAUGAAAGAGACAAAAGAGGAAGAGGAUAUUUUCCACAAGGUGGACUUCCUACAAGGAAUAGGGUUAGGAGAAGGGAAAGGAAUUAAAAAUAUUUCAAACCAAGUGGAUAAUGAAGAUUUAGAUAAUAUGUGCCAUGAAGACGAAAAUAAUUUUAGUCAAGAUGAGAAUGACUUUGAUGAAGAAGCAAUUGAGGCUACAUACAAUUUUGAAAAAUUCUGUGAGAAGGAACUACCAGGAGGCGAGCAACAGAGCGGUGAGAAUAACUCCUCCAAGUUAGAAAACGAACAAAAUAAUUUAGACAUGGAAAAGAAGGGGCAAAGGAAGGAGGAAGAGAAUAAUAUGCACAAUGAAGCGAACAGAAGGGAUGGCGAAAAAAAUGAGGCAGCGGAGUCUGAAGCCGACCCACAAGGUGGAAAUGAGCAACAACACCCUAUUGAUGAUGUCCUUGAACAAAAUAAUAGCAACCAGUGGGAUGUAAGUGAGCGCAGUGGAGCGUUGAAUGAUGCAUUAAAGGAAGGCGAUGCGGACAGCGAAAUGGCCGAGAAAGGGGAGGAGGACCCGGAGGAUAACCCAGAUAGGGAAGCGCAAAAACCCGAACAACCUAUAGAGGGCAAUAGAACGGACGAGCCCUCCAGAGAGGCCCUCAACGACCAGAAAACGGUCAAUGUUGAUAAUGAUGAAGGAAAUACGAAUGAACUUCCAAAUGCAGAGCAAAAUGACAAUUGCGAUUUGACCAACGAGCAACAAGCUGGUAAUCAGGGCGCAGAUCACCUGGAUGACCUCAUGGGUGAAAGAAAUAAUCUGCUAAAUGGAGAGAGUCAUGAAAUGAACGACCAAUUUGACUUUAACCUGGACUCCAAUUUUGAAAUAGAAUCGAGCGACUUUUCCAAAAGCUGCAGCGAAGGGUCCUUUGCCAGCAGGGAGGAUAACUUCGAUGCAGACUCGGAUGAGGAGAUGGGACAGGAAGACCAAGCAGCCGGUGCGAAAAGGGAAGAAGGCGAUGCUAGCAGAAGGAAUGAACGUGAGUUUAGCGAGCAGGAUCCAGGUGAAGUUGACAUUCGCCACGAUGUAGAAGAGUUGGAUGAGAAUGCUUCCCAGGAAGGGGAGGCCGCAGAACAAUCGGAUGAAGCGUAUGACGGGGAUCAAUCUGAUAUGGAGCAGCUGGACCAAUUCGAUACGGAUAAGCGUACGAAUGACCAAAGGGGAAAAGGGUUCAUGAGCGGUCAGGUAGAGCCACAGGAGGGGCAGGCGGACCAAGGUGCAGAAGAAAGCGAGAGUGCGGAUGGCAUGGAUGGCGCCGAUGACGCAGAGGACAGGAGCGACGGCACGCUUCCCCUCGAUGAUGAAAAAUCGAAUGAUCAAAUUGGUGACCAAUCUGAUGACCAAAUAGAUGACCAACUCGGUGAAGAGCCAACCGCAGAGGCCUGCAAAGAAAGGGAUGCCCCCGCUGAGGCACAAAGUUACAAUGAGCCGUUUGAGGAGUCAGAACGGUGCACAGCCGAGGAGGACACACACAACGUGGAGGCGCAAGGCGAAAGGAAGCCAACCAGGCCAGGUGAUGAACACAACGAACGUAGAGACAAAUUUGGAGAGGCUGUCAAUGGGGACAUUAACUCAGAGGAAGAAUUUCAAGACGAGUACCAAGAUGGAAAAACGAGGAAGGCACCCCCAGCUGGCCAUAUGGACUUGGAUAAGGAUCCCCACGAGAUGGACAAUACUACACACAAUUUGGAUGACGCGGGAAUUAGUAACGAACAGGAGUUCAACCAACGUGACGAUGCAAAAGCUGACGUUUCAAAUAGGCAGACCGAAAGGGAUGGAAGUAGCCGCAGAGGGAAAAGCGAUCAGAAGGACAACAACGAUGAUCACGGGUCCGGUGCAAACGAUAUUUCAUUUUCAAUUGACAAGUGCAACAUAUAUACAAAAAAUUUUGUUGACAUAACUAACUUUAUAGAAAAAAUAAAUGAGCGGUUGCUCAACAUGGGUAGGGAAAAUGAAUCGGUGGAGAAUGAGAAGGCCAGGAAAGAUUCUCAAAGGGUGAAUGAAAAUUUUAACGUAACGACAGAGGAACAUGAUAGAAGCAAGGAGGAGGAAAAUAUGAACGGAGAGAUGCUCAUGGAUGUUGUCACCACGGGGGAAAUGCAGCCCGUGGAACGGAUGAGCGAAAGGGAUGUCCAGGAGAUGAAGCCAAGUGAGAAGCAUGAGGAGGACACCCACGAAGGAAAUGAAGAAAAAAGUAAAUAUUCGAACGAGGCGAAUGCGAAGAGGGUUCCGCGUGAGAGGAAAGACAUGAUGGAUGUGAACAGCGGAGGAGAUGACUCGGAGGAGGAUAAAGCGGACCAAUUGGAAGGCCAAGUGUCGGACCAAGAGAGCGACUUCCCCUCGACGGACAACGGGUCGAGGGGCAAAGCCAGAAAGGCUGCCAGGGACCCCUACGAAACAACCUUCGAGGAAGAGGCCAACAACAAAGAUGUAGACAUCGCUGAAACGGAAAGAAGUGUGCAUUAUUCGGAAGAAAAUGCGAAAACGCGCAAAAAGGAGGAAAAAGAAAACGCAAAAAAGGACGAAGAGUAUUAUAAAUUGCAUCGAAAUGAAAAGGCGCUGGAAAGGGAGUACACAGAGGAUGUUGAUGGGGAGGAAAAUGUUGACCAGAAGAAGGUGAACCUUGGAGAGGGAGCAACGGAAUUGGCACUCAUUAACGAACAGGUGACUGCUGAGUAUGAAGAAAUAUACGACCAAAUAAACAACGAAACGGAAGUGAUGUCGAGUCAGCUGUGUGAGCAAUUAAAAAUAAUCCUCGAACCAACUGUACGGAAUAAAUACCAAGGGGAUUACAAGUCUGGAAAAAAAUUAAAUAUAAAAAAAUUAGUAAACUAUUUUGCCAGCGAUUUCCGAAACAAUAAAAUAUGGAAGAGACGUACCAAAUUGAACAAACGAGAUUAUAACAUCGUCAUCGCAAUUGAUAAUACAAAAAGUAUGCAAAUAAAUAACAUACAAAAAAUUACAUUAAAUGCUAUAUUUUUAGUGGCCAGAGCAUUUGAAAAAUUACAAGUGGGAAGAAUUGGCAUAUGUUCCUUUGGAGAAAAUGAUAACGGAAUUAGUGCAAACAAUGUUGUGUGUGCCAUGAAGAAUAGCCUUAACAAACAGGACUUUUUAAAAAUUUUAAAUCAUUUCCAAUUCAAUCAUGACACGAAAAAUUCUUUCGACAAUGCCAUGUUGAAUGCGCUAAGGAUUUGCAAUUACAUCCUCAAAAAUACGCACAGCUCUACGCCGCAAAAUGGAGGGAAAAAUGUAGUGAGCCAUUUAAUGCUUAUAAUCAGUGACGGGAGAUUUAACAAGAGUACUGUAAAAGCGGAAAUUUUCAAAUGCAUACAAAAUAAUUUCAUCCCAGUGUUGAUGAUUAUUGAUACGCAGCUAUCCAAUAAUAAGGCACAGUCUAUUUUCAAUUUGAAACAAACAUUUUACAAAGAUAAUAAGCUCCAUAUAGUUCCCUACCUGCACGACUUCCCCUUUCCGUACUUUGUCGUUGUUAAUGACAUAAAUGAGAUUCCCACCCUCAUGUGUGAUAUUAUAAGACAAUGGUUUCAGACCCUUAACAGUAGGUAG